CAGUUUGCGGUGUAACGGCCUGCAAGCUUUGCGGCCUGCGGCGGCCAUACGCGGCCUCCAUCAACGUUAGAACUCCGUGGACCUGCUGACCUGUAUGCGCGUUGAUUGACUUCACUUGCGAUUUCUAACUUCGGUGUGCUUAAAUGUGUGGCGGUAAGAAAGUUUGGAAAAAGAUAGUGAAUCUUUACUUUUCAUGAGGGUCUUGACAUGCUUUCCGAAGGAAACUGUCCCGGCCCCUUUUUAGCACGUCAUCGAAUAGCGACCUUACCUCGGUGAUGGAGAAGUUGUUCAAAGGCGGGCCACUUGUCAAAGCAUACUCGAAAGCUUUCAAUACCUGGGAAUCGAGGGCCUUGAGAAUGCGGAGGCACUCCAACAGACGGCCACCGGAAGCUGAUGAGAUGCUGGUACCGUUUCGAGAUAUCGAUUAUGUUCUUGUGUACGAAAAAGACUAUGAGAUUCAGUUUAUCAAUGGAGGAUACGUGUCGACGGAGCCGGGCGAGCAGUCAGAAGAUUGCGAGCUUUCUCUGGAGCAACAUCGACGAUCGGUAUUUGAGGCGCCUCUUACCAAACAACGAAGGCAUCGCCGGUUAUUUGAGUUGGCAAUGAAGCAGGAAGGUCUGGGGUUUGAGGAAGAAGUCGUCGGCGAUUAUGUGUUUAUUAAAGUGCAUACGCCUUUUGAUAGAUUAUGCCAGGAAGCCGAAAACGUUCGCUUGGAUUUGCCACUAGAUGGGAUUUCGUUGGAUGACGAACCUGAUCUGGAGGACCCAGAUCAAACGGUCGACCCUCAGCAGUGGCUCCAGGAUAAGAUGGCCAAGCUCCUCGAUCUCGGACAAAGAACGAGAAACAUCAGUGCACCGUUCCAGAUAAAAUGCAAAGACUGGUUCAUUGGACCUCGUGAUCGAGAGACCUUCUUCAACAGCGCCAUCAGAGGAUUACUUACCCACUAUAUCCUUAGUAACAUCGACAUUUCUCUGCUAGAAGAAAGGAGCCAAAGCAAAUCAUUUCACACAAAAAAGGGGCUGCCGUACCUUUUGCUACAACGUGUGUACAUCGAUGCGUUCAUUUUGCACGACGCUUCAGUAUUUGAACCUUCCCCCGUCGUUCCGUUCCGGUUAUCAGCCUCUGUGAAGAAGAAGGAACUGCACAAUACUGGUUCUUCAACGUCGAGGCAGCAGGUUACCAAGGUGACGCCAGACACCCGCGUAAUACUCGAUCGAGAAUGGAGACAGCUGCUCAGAGGACAGCCACUAGACGCUAUUCGGGACUACUUAGGAGAAAAGAUUUCAUUCUAUUUCGCUUGGGUCGGAACCCUGAUAGCGUCGCUCGUCAUUCCGGCCGUAAUUGGAUUCUGUGUAUUCUUUUACGGGGUCGUACAAAAAGUUCAACAGGACAGUAACUUCGAUCCAAGUCGAAUUAACGAUACUAAGCUGGCGCGAGCCUAUAACGCUACAAUGAGUUCUUCGGUAUUUGUCUAUUUUGUGGACACGAUAAAAGUUGCGGGAGAUACUGAGCUUACUCCGUUUUGGGCAUUCAGUAUUUGUUUAUGGAGUACAAUUUUUUUAGAAAUAUGGAAACGUCGCCAAUCUCUGCUUGCGCUCCGUUGGAAUGUUGACCAUUUUUCAUCAGAGGAGCCAGACCGACCCCAGUUUUAUGGGACAAUCUCAGAGACUGAUCUUCUAACGGGUGAAGUGCGGUGGAAUUAUCCACUCAAGCAGAGAGCCCUCAAGUAUGUUGUAUCAUUCGCCUUUUUCACCCUCAUGACAUGUGUAGUCAUAACAUCAGUGCUUUUUGUCACAUUGUACCAAGUGUACAUGGCAAAUGUAUACUGUGGAGGCGCCAACAAAACAGAGAAUCCACAAGCUUUUAGCGCUAACUGCGAGGCUCUCCAUUCAUCAGUUGUUGGACCUAGCUUGAACACGGUGUCGAUUAUUAUUCUCGGAAAAUGCUACGCGUACGUGGCUGAGAAGCUCACCGACUGGGAAAACCACCGAACGCAAAGUCAAUACAACGACGCGCUCAUCAUCAAGUUGUUCGCGUUCCAGUUCACAAACGCAUAUGCAUCUCUAUUUUACACUGCCUUCUUCCGUGACGAGCAACAGGACAUCAAGGGGAAUGGUUCACUGUUUAAUCUAGGUGAUGAUUUUAAGGAUUCGUGUGGAACAGAUAAGGAUACUUGUAUGUCACUGUUAUCUCUACAACUCCUCGUACUCAUGAUAGUCAAGCCAUUGCCUAAGUUUUUCUACGAUAUGGUUUGGCCGUUCCUAAAGCAGAUUUUCCGAGAGCACGGGCUUAUGAAAAAAGUGACCGACGUAGAGGGGAGUGAAACAGAUCAGCAUUACCUCGUCAAAGAGCUAUAUAAGCAGGAGGACGCUGAAUUUCGUCGUGAUGAAUUUGCCGAGAAAAUCAUACAAUACGGUUACCUUGUGCUAUUCGCGUGCUCGUUUCCAUUAGCCCCUUUGCUUGCUCUCGGUUACAACAUAUUCGAUUUACGGAUUGACUCCAAUCGCCUGCUAUGGAUUAAUCGCAGGCCCGUACCAUUUCGAGAUGACGACAUCGGAAUCUGGCUGCAUUUGUUCAAUUUUAUCAACUAUUUUGGAGUUGUCACCAACGCGUUCUUGAUUGCCUUCACGUCACAAUUUGGAUCGGAAUACCUUAGAUCAAAGUUAACGAAAUUUAUGUUUAUCGUCGGCUUUGAGCACUUAGUGUUUGUUGUCAAGUAUUUAUUGACGCUGCUCAUACCUGAUAUACCGGAGGCAGUGAGGAACGCAAAAACUCGGGAGCGACAGUUACUUACCUACAUGAUGAGUCGAGUAGCUACCCUGACCGCAGACCGUCGACCCCCAACAAAUGCCUCAGAAAACUACCGUGAUCGAAUUCUCUCCCGAGCAUCGAGACAUUCUGUUACACCUAUGGAUAUUCAGGCGGUACAGUUAGCAGCUAACAAGAAGCCUCUGAACAUAGGCGGCCUAGCGAGUGUCGCUCAGCAGCAGCAACUAACCCAAGGAAAUGGCACCAAUCCCAACCCAAAUAACAACAAUAAUAGUAACACAACGAAUAAUAAGAAUACCAAUAGCACCCUUCGAUCGAACAGUGCCAGUGUCAAUAGCAACAUUAAUGGAACUAGUGGAAUGGAUAAAAAAGACUGUAGGUUGAUGCCUAUACCGGACGACUGACGGUCAGGUGCAUCAAGCAAGAUCACUCGAACAACAACUGAAACAACACCGCCUUUGACGGCUGAUAUCGCGAAUGCAGCGAAAAUGACGUCAAACGAAGUAAAGGAAGCCGACGGUACCAAAGUUCUGUCUGCAACAAUACCAGCAACACUUGAUGCAGAAAAUCUGUCAAAGUCGGCUACCGCCUCACAUCUGUCGCCGCUUGCAAGUCGUGGUGUUGCCUAUCGUGUCUUUCUCCAUCUCGCCUGGAUACCAGAAGUGUCGGUCGUCUUCAUGAAAUCCACUCGAGCUCAUUCUCACCUCGAAUCGAGAGCCGCGGUCAUACCGCGGCAGCGUAGGCCUCGGCCUAUCGCAGCUUCACAUGCGAGUACAUCCCGGCACGACGACAAGUCCUCGUUGUCCAGCGAUAGACUUAUCAGUGGAACUGUCCUGCUGAUAAACCCUAGAAGGGACGCGAUGGGUUCUAAUCAGCCAUCGACAUCGACAAGUUCAUUAGUUUCCAUCAUCAGUUUCAUACGAUCCAUAAUCAAGAUCACACCCAUUGAUCUUGAUGUCCUUCAAUAAUCACUGAGGUGAAAAUUUCCGAUUAUACUCAAUAUUAAAGUUUGUUGUUGUUAGGAUGUUUUGAGCUGUAGGCAUGAGUAAAACUAUUCAGAGAAGCUCGCUGACAAGCAAAAAUAUAGUUGCUUGUCAUUCUGUGUGUCAAGCUUGCAAAUCAAUUUGAACUAGUAUACAUAUGUACCUGAGUUUAUGUCAGACUGCCUAGAUUUCCAGAAAAAUUCAGAACCACUUUUAUAUAAUUAUUUGUCUCAACGCCUUAAUGACACGUCUAGUUUCAAACACGGAUUACGGACAAACGUAAGAUUACUUGCCGGAUUUCUAAAGGUCUAUCAAGAAGCUGAUUUUGUUCCAUUCUGUCUGACGGUAUGUUGCGCGAAUCCAGCGCCACCGUUAUCAGGCAUUACGUGACAUUUUGCUGCAUUUAUCAUUUGUGCUAAUACGCAUUUCAGAUAUUUGCUAAAUAGGUGGCGACCUUCAUGUGUCAGACGCUUAUUCACAAACACGUAUAGACAAAAAACGACAAACGCAUAUACAGAUAGAUAAUCGGAUUUAUGUUUUUGCGCCAUGAACUACUUCUAUUGUGUUUCUGAUUCGCUCUAACUACGCACACGACGUCUACUGUUAGUGUUAUCUCCUAAUGUAAAAGAUGAUGAGUUAUGGAAGUCCAGCUGAAAAUUCCGUAUUUAGCGAUAAUGCGAAGAUUUCCGAUUCUAGAAAGCCUGCAGCAGCUACAAAUCCCGGAUACGGUGGUGACCCUAGUUGCUGCCUGCUACGACCGACGUACUUACUACGCAUGGUUGAUCGCCACAGAACGAAGAAGCGCUAGGCUAUACAAAGAAUUUUUCAUAUUAACAAAAUAGUACGAUCAUGAGAUAUCAUAGCAUUAACGAACGCAUCGUCAUACAUUGCAAACGGUUAGUCCGACUACAGACAGAAAUCACGACGGUUACUUCGAGCAUUUCGUCUAUGUGAUAUAGUUGUGAAUUCAUGAUCGUUGCUAUGGUGUGAUAGUAUCACGACAAGAAUAAAUGGACUUAUAAUUCCAUUAUAUAUAUAUAUAUAUGUUCUGUCGAAGUUGUUCAGAGGUAUUCUUCUGAGUACUGGGAUUAUAUAGAUGUAUUAUGAUUGCAAGGUACUCUAUGGGGUGUCCUUUUCAGAUCAUCAACGAACAGUACUCCUUAUUAUAAUGAAAAAUAUGUAUAUAUAUACGGCAAACAAAUACUCGCACAACAUUAUGCAACAAUUUACUGAUUUGGUAAGCAAACUAAGCGUUCAGUUGGCCUUCUCUUGUAUCACAAGAAAUUAAACAAGUGGUGUCAAGGGACAGCCAAUUAAAUACUUACGUUUGCGAUCGCCAAAGAUAAGAGAAUUAAUAAGACUCUCUUACCCUUAGCGAGGUAAGGACAGAUCGUUUUUAAUCUGAAACUUUUGAAUUGAUCUCACUUUUGUUUGAAGCUUUGUUCAGACCGAUCAGAGUAGAGAUGUAUGUACGCACUUACGUUUAUCUUUCAGAUGUAAAGACAUAAGUCUUAUUUUUUCAUCUUACCGAUACAAAAUUUACCAAUAUGAUUUUCAAGUUGGUAAAGUACAAAGAAAAGACGCCUAUUUGGUUAAGGAGACGUCGAUAGCGCGAAAAUAUGAAUUUAAAAAAAUGCGCGUUACAAAACAAAUAUUCCGUCCAAUAAUUUUUGUUUGACCCUCAUCCACUGUCUGCACAACAUACGUUUCUAACCGAUGACAUAUUAAUAAUAUAAUAACUGGCUCAAGUUCAAAAGUGAGAAGUCCUACGCCGAAAGAAACUUUCCUUUAGGGGUCAAGAAAAGCGAACUUUCCGAGGCCUUAGCCACCUCUUCAAUAUGAAUAAACGAAUGUUAGAGUUCAUAUGAAACGGAACCUUGUUGAUAUUAUUAUUGUAACCCCAACGCUAACGUUUGAUACAAAUUUGUUUCUAGAGCGAAACA